UGAGAAGCGACUCGGAGGCGCUAGGGCGAUCACCGUUGGCAUUUCGCCGUUGGCCCAAGCCGUGCAACUGUACCUGUGUGCUGAUAUUGGAGAGCAAGAGGCGUGGGCCAGAGUUCAGGAGGGUGUGUCCUGUCCGUUCGACCUGCCGAUGCUUCCGUCGUCGGCGCUGUCGCGAAUGGCUUCGGGGGGGUGGUGCGCCUGGAGCCUCGAGGCCCUCAGGCAGGAGGGCGCACAGCGGAUCACGGUGUACAACUACGCUCGCCUCCACAACGUGACGUUCUGCGCCUCCCCGUGGAAUAGCCGCCUGGACCACAAGGGCGACGGAAGCGCGCUCUUCAGGUUCAUCGGAGGCCAUCUGUACGGCCCCCCGCCCAAGGACAGCGACGUCUCCAACUCUCGCAAGAUCAGCCAGAAGUGCAACCAGGGCAGCCUGGGGACGUCGCCACCGACUUCCACCACAUGGCCUCGGCCGAUGUCCUCGUGAUGGCGCGCAGCACCCUCUCCGGGAUGGCGGGCGUGAUCAACACGAAGGACGUCUCCGACGCGCACGCGCUCGCAGAGGAGCCCCUCGACAACUUGACGCUCGCGCGCCCGGCACAGGCGC